UUGCGAAUGUCUGGCAGCUUUGCAGACUGUAGAGAUUUGGGACGCGACUGCAACGUCAUCAGUUUUUCGGUGUGAAAGAAAUACGCUGGCUUUUAAGUGAGCUUAUCAACAAACAGGAUUGACUGAUUCAGAAUGACCAGGGGAAAUCAGCGUGAGCUUGCUAGGCAGAAAAAUGCCAAGAAGGCCAACGACUUGGGCAAGGGCAAAAGAAACGAAGAUGGUUUGUCCCCUGCCGCCCGGAAGCAACGGGAUGCUGAAAUAAUGCAACAGAAACAAAAGAAGGCAAAUGAAAAAACUGACACUAAGCCCAAGUAGCUAUGAAGAGCUAAAAGCAAACUCUUGACUUUGACCCUCAGUAAACUUGAGCAUUUCUGUUAAUAAACUGCAUUUGGAUUUUGUUUUCAAAGCACAGCAUUCUUUCUGUCUGGACAUUUUAUAUUGUAAAGCUUCAGGAAGACCAUAUCUAAAUUAAGAAUUCAGUUCUUUACCCCAGUGUGCAGGUCUCAUUUUCUUGAUCAGUAUUUACCAUGUAAAAAGCAAGAAUUACAGACCAUACUGCUUAGAACCAAUCCUGUAUUUUUAUAUCUCCCUCCCUUUAUUUGAAAUGAUUAAUAAAAUGUGGCUUCUGUACUACACAA